CGCGGGUCGGACAGACCGACAGAAACUGGCCAGCGGGAGAAGCACGCCCCGAUGACCGCGCCUGGCGAGACCUGCGCGGGGCCCAGGGUUUGGAACCAGACCGAGCCGGAGUCUGCUGCCUACCACCUGCCCAGCCUGUGCUUCCUGAGAACACUGGGGGUCUGGGUACCUCCCCUGUACCUCUGGGUCCUCGGCCCCAUCUACCUCCUCUACAUCCAUCGCCAUGACAAGGGUUACCUCCGGAUGUCCCCCCUCUUCAAAGUCAAAAUGGUCCUUGGCUUCUCCCUCAUCCUCCUCUACACCUUCAACGUGGCCAUGCCUCUGUGGAGAAUCCAGCAGGGAACGCCUCAGGCACCAGAGUUCCUCAUUCACCCCACAGUGUGGCUCACCACCAUGAGUUUUGCCAUGUUCCUGGUUCACAUGGAGAGGCAGAAGGGAGUCCGGGCGUCUGGGCUGAUGUUUGGGUACUGGCUGCUCUGCUGUGUCUUGCCCGGGACCAGUGCCAUCCAGCAGGCCUCCACAGGGAGCUUCCGGAGUGAGCCCCUGCGCCACCUGGCCACCUAUCUGUGCCUGUCCCUGGUGGUGGCGGAGUUUGUGCUGUCCUGCCUUGUGGAUCAGCCCCCCUUCUUUCCAGAAAACUCCCAGCUGCCGAAUCCAUGUCCAGAGGCUGGGGCAUCCUUCCCCUCCAAGGCCAUGUUCUGGUGGGCUUCAAGGCUGCUCUGGAGGGGCUACAAGAAGUUGCUGGGACCAAAAGACUUCUGGUCUCUUGAGAGAGAAAACUCUUCAGAAGAGCUUGUUUCUCAGCUGGACAGGGAAUGGAGGAGGAACCGCGCUGCUGCCCAGAGGGGAGGGAGGCAUGCUAAGGUGUUUAAAAACAAAGGUCCUAAUGACGUGGGGCCUCCUGAGACUGAGACCUUCCUGUGGCAAGAGGGGCCCCCGCGGGGCCCGCUGCUCAUGGCCAUCUGGAGGGUGUUCCGGUCCACCUUCUUGCUGGCCACCUUCAGCCUUGUCAUCAGCGACAUCUUCAGGUUCACUGUCCCGAAGCUCCUCAGCCUGUUUCUGGAGUUCAUGGGCAAUCCGGAGCCUCCGGCGUGGGAGGGCUUGCUCUUGGCCUUGCUGAUGUUCCUGUCAGCCUGUUUGCAGACGCUGUUUGAGCAGCAACACAUGUACAGGAUCAAGGUCCUCCAGAUGAGGCUGCGGACAGCCGUCACUGGCCUGGUGUACAGGAAGGUGUUGGCUCUGUCCAGUGGCUCCAGAAGGUCCAGCGCGGCGGGGGACGUGGUCAACCUGGUGUCGGUGGACGUGCAGCGGCUGGUGGAGAGCGUCCUGUACCUCAACUCGCUGUGGCUGCUGUUCUUCUGGAUCGCAAUCUGCUUUGUGUACCUGUGGCAGCUCCUGGGACCCUCUGCCCUCACGGCCAUCGUGGUCUUCCUAAGUCUCCUUCCUCUGAAUUUCUUCAUCACCAAGAGACGGAGCCAGCAUCAGGAAGAGCAGAUGAGACAGAAGGCCUCCCGCGCCCGGCUCACCAGUUCCAUCCUCAGGACCGUGAGGACCAUCAAGUCCCACGGCUGGGAGGAAGCGUUUCUGGAGAGGGUUUUGCACAUCCGGAGCCAGGAGCUCAGUGCGCUGAGGACCUCCAACCUCCUCUUCUCCGUGUCUCUUGUGUCCUUCCAAGUGUCGACCUUUCUGGUUGCUCUCGUCGUGUUUGCUGUCCAUACACUGGUGGCCGAAGAAAAUGCCAUGGAUGCAGAAAAGGCCUUCGUGACCCUCACCGUGCUCAGCAUCCUCAACAAGGCGCAGGCCUUCCUGCCCUUCUCCGCCCACUGCAUCGUUCAGGCUCGAGUGUCCUUUGAUCGCCUGGCCACCUUCUUGUGCCUGGAAGAAGUGGACCCCAGGGGCCUGGACUCAAGUCGCUCUGGGAGCACUCAGGAGAAGAACUGCAUCGCUGUACACAAUGGCACUUUCGCCUGGUCCCAGGAGAGCCUGCCCUGUUUGCACAGGAUCAACCUCACUGUACCCCAAGGCUGUCUGUUGGCUAUCGUGGGUCCAGUAGGGGCCGGGAAGUCCUCCCUGCUGGCUGCCCUCCUUGGGGAGCUGUUGAAGGUAGAAGGAUCCGUGAGUGUCAAGGGUCCUGUGGCCUACGUGCCCCAGGAGGCCUGGGUGCAGAAUACGUCGGUGGUGGAGAACGUGUGCUUCAGGCAGGAGCUGGACCUGCUCUGGCUGCAGAGAGUUCUGGAAGCCUGUGCCCUGGAGCCAGAUGUGGACAGCUUCCCUGCUGGUGUUCACACUCUAAUAGGGGAGCAGGGCAUGAAUCUCUCCGGGGGUCAGAAGCAGCGGCUGAGCCUGGCCCGGGCUGUGUACAGAAAGGCUGCUGUGUACCUGCUGGAUGACCCUCUGGCAGCCCUGGAUGCUCACGUCAGCCAGCAUGUCUUCAAUCAGGUCAUUGGGCCCAGUGGCCUGCUCCAGGGCACAACUCGGAUCCUCGUGACCCACGCGCUCCACGUCCUGCCCCAGGCUGACCAGAUCGUGGUGCUGGCAGAUGGGGCCGUUGCUGAGAUGGGCUCCUACCAGGAGCUUCUGAGCAGGAAAGGGGCCCUCGUGAGUCUUCUGGAUGGAACCAGACAGUCGAGAGGUGGCAGAGAAGGAGGGACAGAACCUGCAGCCUGCACCGAUGACCUUGGAGGCUGCCCUGGAGGUGGGAGGUCAGAGCUCAGAUCAGAGAGGUCUAUUGAGUCAGCCCCUGCGAGGGACAGUACCACUUCAGAGGCCCAGACGGGACCUCCUGUAGAUGACCCUGAGGGGGCAGGACAGCCAGCAGGCGAGGACAGCGUGCGCCACGGCCGGGUGAAGGCCACCACAUACCUGUCCUACCUGCGGGCCGUGGGCAUGCCACUCUGGGUAUACACACUCUUCCUCUUCUUCUGCCAGCAAGUGGCCUCCUUCUGCCAGGGCUACUGGUUGAGCCUCUGGGCAGACGAUCCAGUCGUAGGUGGGCAGCAGAUGCACACGGCCUUGCGAGGCUGGGUCUUUGGGCUCCUCGGCUGUCUCCAAGCCAUGGGACUAUUUGCUUCCACGGCGGCCGUGUUCCUGGGUGGAGUCCGGGCCUCGGGCCUGCUCUAUAGGAGGCUCCUGUGGGAUGUGGCCCGCUCUCCCAUUGGCUUCUUUGAGCGGACACCAGUUGGGAACCUGCUAAACCGCUUCUCCAAGGAGACGGACACCGUAGAUGUGGACAUCCCGGACAAAAUGAGGUCGCUGCUGAUUUACGCCUUUGGGCUCCUGGAGGUCGGCCUGGCCGUGACAAUGGCCACCCCUCUGGCCAUCAUGGCCAUCCUUCCACUGAUGUUCCUGUAUGCUGUUUUUCAGAGCCUGUACGUGGCCACCUCGUGCCAGCUGAGACGCCUGGAGUCGGCCAGCUACUCCUCCGUGUGCUCCCACAUGGCCGAGAGCUUCCAGGGCAGCGCCGUGGUCAGGGCAUUCCGGGCCCAGGGCCUCUUCGUGGCUCAGCACAGCGCGCUCGUGGAUGAAAACCAGAGGGUCAGUUUCCCGAGACUGGUGGCCGACAGGUGGCUGGCCACCAACCUGGAGCUCUUGGGGAAUGGCCUGGUGUUCGUGGCCACCACGUGCGCUGUGCUGAGCAAGGCUCACCUCAGCGCUGGCCUUGUGGGCUUCUCUGUCUCGGCCGCGCUCCAGGUGACGCAGACGCUUCAGUGGGUGGUCCGCAGCUGGACGGACUUGGAGAGCAGCAUGGUGGCCGUGGAGCGUGUGCGGGACUACGCUUGCACCCCCAAGGAGGCUCCCUGGAGCCUGUCCACCUGUGCAGCCCGGCCCCCCUGGCCUCGCGGGGGACAGAUCGAGUUCCAGGGAUUUGGGCUGAGGCACCGGCCGGAGCUGCCCCUGGCCGUGCAGGGCGUGACCCUGAAGAUCCACGCGGGAGAGAAGGUGGGCAUCGUGGGCAGAACGGGGGCUGGGAAGUCCUCCCUGGCUGGGGGCCUGCUGCGGCUGCAGGAGGCGGCUGAGGGCAGCGUGUGGAUUGAUGGGGUCCCUAUCGCCCACGUGGGGCUGCACACACUACGGUCCAGGAUCACCAUCAUUCCCCAGGACCCCAUCCUGUUUCCAGGCUCUCUGCGUAUGAACUUGGACCUGCUUCAGGAGCAUACUGAUGAGGCUGUCUGGGCUGCCCUGGAGACAGUGCAGCUCAAAGCCUUCGUGGCCAGCCUGCCUGGCCAGCUGCAGUAUGAGUGUGCUGGCCAGGGGGAUGACCUGAGCGUGGGUCAGAAGCAGCUCCUAUGCCUGGCACGGGCCCUCCUCCGGAAAACCCAGAUCCUAAUCCUGGAUGAGGCCACUGCCUCUGUGGACCCCGGGACGGAGCUCCAGAUCCAGGCAGCCCUCGGGCGCUGGUUUGCUCGGUGCACAGUGUUGGUCAUUGCUCACCGCCUGCGCACUGUGGUGGACUGCACCAGGGUCCUGGUCAUGGACAAGGGGCAGGUGGCAGAGAGCGGAAGUCCAGCCCAGCUGCUGACUCAGAAAGGCCUGUUUUACAGACUGGCUCAGGAGUCAGGCCUGGCAUGAACCCAGGCUGUCUGCAGUCCUCUUUGGGGCCACCCACAGAGCCUGUCAUGGUCAGACACACCGGUCAUCAGAGGUCACCAUGACCCUGCGUGACAUACAAGCUAGACUUCUCUCUGGAAGGACCCAGCAUCAUGUAGUUGGCCUGGGCAAAGUCACUCAACCUGGUCCUCUCGGGAGCCCAAGUGGACACUGGCUCUUGGCCCUGGCCACCCACUGGACUCACUUGGGGAGCACAAAGCCCAUGUCCACCCGAGAAUCAUCAGCUCACCUGGAGCAGCGGUGUGCGCAUUUCCCCAGGGGCACCUUAUUCUGGGGCCAUCUUGGACUUACAUGCAGUUUGAAGAAAUAAUCCAGAGAUCCGGUGGACUCUCUGCCACAUUUGUCCCAAGGAUAACAUCUAGCACCCGUCUAGACAAGAUACGAGUGAGACGCUGGCAUUUAUAGAAUCCCCGUCAUGUUUACAUUUCCCGUCUUGCUUGUGUUCAUUGGUGCAUAUAGAGGCCGUUGUCGUUGUGUUCCUUGUGAGAGACACAAGUAUCCCAGGCUAACAUGAAACUCCCUAUGUAUUCAAAAAUGACCUUGAACUUGCCAUUCUCUUGCCUCCACCUCCCAAGUGCUGGGAUGACAGGGAUGUG